CAAACUUCAAUCGGUAUAAUCAACAUAACAUAAAAAGUCAACAAAUAUCAUUUAAAAUGUUUUAAAAUCAAAAGUAACUUUUGUUGAUAGAAAGAUGGAUUUAAUCACACAAACAAGCCUGGAAGCCUUGCUGCUUAAGGCAACCAAUUCGAAAAAUUUAAACUUCGACACGGCAGCCGUAGAAGCAUUUUGCACUUUGGUUAACAAGGAAAAGGACGGUAUUCACAUUGGAGUGAAAGUAAUCGCAGCCCGACUGCCUAUAGGAGAGGAAAAAGAAAUGUUACAAACCUUAAACAUAUUGGAUCAUUGCAUGUCCAAAUGCGGCACCAAUUUUCAAAACGAAGUCGGCAAAUUCAGAUUUCUCAACGAACUAAUCAAAUUAGUCUCGCCGAAAUAUUUAGGAGCUCAAACUCCGCUGACAGUCAAACAGAAAAUUCUGCAAUUGCUGUAUGUUUGGACAUUGGAUUAUCCUAAGGAAACGAAAAUCAUCGAAGCUUUCGAUAUGUUACGAAAACAGGGAGUCGUUAGAGAGAUACCGAAUCCAAAUGUGCCGUGUUAUGAACCUGUGAACGUUACAAAAAGAAAAGUUGCCAAUUCUGUAUUCCAAGAUGAAGAGAAAUCGAAGAUAUUGCAGAAGUUGCUGCAAAGCAAAGACCCUGAGGAUAUUCAAGCUGCCAAUUGGCUGAUUAAAAGCAUGGUUAAAGAGGAUGACAAACGAGCUGAAAUGAAAAGCAGAAGAAUCUCUGAGCUAGAAUCUGUCCAAAAUAAUGUGAGACUGUUGAAUGAAAUGCUGGACUCUUAUAAACCGGAAAUUUCGUCUGACGGCGAUUUGGAUCUCAUGAAAGAACUGUACCAAAACUGCGAACGUUUAAGGCCAUCAAUCAAUAAGUUAAUAUUAGAAACCAAUCAUGAAGAAGGUAUGUUAGACGAUAUUUUAAAGACAAACGAUGAGUUAUCAGCCAUCUUUGAAAAAUACAAUAUUCUCAUUUUACGUGGAAAGCAAACAGCUGCGAAGAAACCAGUAGAAAGUAAUGAAUCGCUUCUUCAAUUCGAAACAGUCGAAUCAAAGGCAAGACUGGCUCAAGGUGAUAACAAGGAAUUGACAGUUGAUGUUUUGUGUGAUAUUUUUACUAACACUGUACCCGAUUCUGGCGAUGUACUGCAACCUGUUACUGUAGCUAAAUGUGAUAAUUCAAUAGGAGAAAAUAGUAAAGAAAAAUCAAAACUUACAGGAUUUGAGGAAUUAGAUUUAUUAGGACAUCAUUUGAUGAAGGAAAACCUGCAGAAUUCCAAACAAGUCAAUUUUAGCAGGUCUAGUAACGACAAAGUUCCCAUGAAUCUUUUGAGUAAAAUAUCGGAAAUGAAACAAAAGCAGGAGCAACAACAAUUGCCAGCCAAACCAGUAACCGUUUCAGAAUCGUACAAUUUCGACUUGAGCUACCUCUUAAAUACCCAAAACGGUACAAAAUCGCCCAAUAAAGAAACCCAUGAUACAUCCGACGAUUAUCUAGUCGACAUCACAGAUGAAAAAAUGCUGGAAGUCGAUAAACACGACGAUGAAACAACCAUACACACCGUGUCGACCGUAGCGUCGCAGGAUAACGGCGACAAAGGACAGAACUGCACGAUUGAGCGAUCGCCGAAAUCUGAAAUUAAGUUGAACAAUGUGUUCGUGAAAUUAGAGAGCAUCAAACCGAGCGGUUUGCCGCCGAUGACUGUCUUGGAGGAGAAGAACGGGGUCAGCGUUACAUUGCAUUUGGCCAAAGAUGAACCGAAAGAGGGCGUUAGCGUUUACGUCGUUACUACUGUUAGUAAAAACGAGGUGCCUAUGAGCAAUUAUCUGUUUCAAGCCGUCGUUCCGAAGGGAUGCAAAUUGAAGUUGCAACCACCUUCAUCCACCGAUCUUCCAGCCUACAAUCCGUUCCUGCCCCCGUCUGCUAUUACGCAAAUAAUGUUGAUAGCCAAUCCGGAAUCUCAACAUAUUGCUUUAAAAUUUAUCAUUAGCUACACCAUGGACGACGAGACCAUCACGGAAAUGGGCGAAGUCGAUAGGCUGCCUAAGUUAUGAAUUAAACAUUGAGAUAUUGAAAAAAAAAAUGAUAAGUAAAACGUUAUCAUAGUUAAAUCAUUCUUAUUUAUUGAUUUUUAUCCUAACAUUAUGGGUUCUACAAUGAAAAUGAAAACAUUUUUUAGAUUAUAUUUCCUAUUUUUUGGGUAAAAUCUUUUAAGAUAAAUUUUGGUUGUUUCAAAAUAUAUUUUUAAUAGUAAAAUCUACAUAAAAAUACCUUUAGUAAAAUUUGCAGAGUAUCAGAUUCUUAGCACAUUUUGUAAUAACCAUUUUUUUCGUAGAAUCAAUAAUUAACAAGUUAAAGCGAUUUAAAGGCUUAAAAACGUUAACAUUCAAGAAUAUAUUCUUAAAAAAACACUAACCUUUUUGUGGACGUUGAAAUUGCCCACAAUUUUUGUAAUGUUAUUAUAUUUGUUAUACAAGUAUGUCGAAAAUGUGUACCUUUAUAAAAUUAUGUAUAUUUUUUUAUUUGUAUCUAUGUUGACAUUUGGUUUUGUCUUCUAGUCAUUCUUUUGUGAUUUAUUUUAUGAUCUCUUUACAUCCGAAACAAGUUAAUCAAAAAUUUAUGUAGUAGAAAGUUUUUAUUUUUCUUUAUGUAUAUUGUUAGUCAUUUGUAUUAUGUUGGAAAUAAUUGAUGGCAUGUUUUGACGAGUUUUAUAUAGUUAUGUAAAUGAUAAGUAUUUAACAAAGUAAAAAUAUUUGUGCCAUUUUCUGUGAUUUAUUUACAAUUUUCUUUUGAAAAGCUAAAAAUACCUUUUUAACUUUUAUUAUCAUACUUUAUUUAACAAAUAACUAUGUACAAAAUCGUAUCAAUACAAUAUCCUUAGCUGGUUAUGUUUUAUUAUUCCAUUUAUCCUCUAAAUAUAAAUAAAAUAUUAAGAUGCAUCCCUGAAAGCCAAGGAUGUAACAGCUUUUUGAUGUCCUGCAUACUCUCGUUCCAUAACUCCAGUUUUCACGUUCCAUAAUCUCGCAUUUCCAUCCGAUGAUGCUACAAAUUUUAAAAUAGCAUCAACAUCUAUCUACACAGUCAAUUGCACUAGAAAGUUCUAGCUACAACCGCAGAAACUCAUGACGUCAUCUGUCAACAGUGUUGCCAGAUGAAGUAUGUCCAGUUCAAAAAAUGGCAUAGGUCAAACUUUAGUCGUGUACCUGUAAAUAUGUAUUGUCCAUCAGCGCUGAAAGCUGUGUCCCACACCCAUCUCUGGCUUUCGGUUUGCUUCAGCUCCUGUAAUAAAGUAAAAUGGUCUGCACUCCAUAUUCUUGCUGUAGUAUCAGCCGAUGUAGUAGCUAGUAAACUAAAAUAUAAGUAUUUUAUCAAAAUAGGAAGGAAAACAAUUUUACUUGUUAUUCAUUGACCUGAAAACAAUAUUUGACAUAAUCUCAAGAAAAAAUGGGGGUUACUGUGAGACAAAAGGAUUACAACCAAAAGUAUAAUUAUUUUGCAUACUUACUUCGAAUCUGGACUAAAUUUACAUUUCAGCGUAUGCCUCGUAUGUGCUUCGAAUUUCUGCUUGGGUAUCAUUUUAGUGGGCGUGUCUAUUACACCUGAAAUCAAACUCCAGAUGUAACAUCUACCCUUGUUGUUAACGGAAGCCAUCAGCUGGCUGUCAGGAGAUAUUUCUACGUCUAAAAUCAUUGCGUCAUUUUCAGGUAUCUAAAAGUUAUUAUUCAUAUAAUUUAAACUAUUUACAAAAAAUAUAUAAAUA